AUGCAUUACAUUCGCCUGCUGCGUCCGGCGUCGGUGAACGCGUCCAACCCAAAAUCACCAAGACUCUCGUUGACAUUGACCAUUACGACCGAUCUUGGCGACACAUUUCUCGCUCCGGACUCGCCAGUCAAGAUUCUUUUCACGCCAAAGCUGCAAGCUUCUAGCGAUGGCGUGACCACGGUGCAGCCUGUGCAACCCGUCAAUGGCCCUGCGAUAUGGAAGGACGGAAUGCGCGUGCUCAAGGUGAAAUUACCCUGGAAGAAGGCGUGGUCGCACGGACGGAUUAAUCUGUGUAUCGAAGGUCUCGUCAGUAGCGGCAACGAUAGUAUUUCGUCCAGAGAUUUACAAAUGUCGCUGCCGUGGCGCCGCAAACAAUUUGCAAAGAGCAAUCCGGGCCUAAUCGCGCCCCUCACGGUCGAGCUUGACGAGGGCCGUGGCUCUGAUGUCGCUGUGCGCGAGUUCAUUUACAAUUUCCCGGAGAGUGACGAUGUUCCGACCAUGUUUCUCAACCUCGAAGAAGAGAUUGGCGAGAGUAUUGCUCGACACAUAUGGGAUGCAGGUCUUGUAACUGCGGCUCUCUUGCUCGAUGGAUGCCGUGUCGAGCAAAACGAAUCGGAAUCUGACCAUAUCAUACCCAUCACAAGGAAAAGCCCCAAUGUCCUCGAGCUGGGAAGUGGUGUAGGGAUCCUGGGCGUCGCGCUGGGCAUGGCCAUUCGCCCGAUGGCAAGUGCCCAAGGUAUCGAGCUUGAGAAGGCCACCGUGCUCCUGACAGAUCUACCCGAAGCUGAGGAGCGGGCUCGAGCCAACGUGGAACGAUAUCAGGUCGGAGCUCACGCUCAUAGUCAACCAGCCGAGAUCCUCUAUGAGAACUUGGACUGGGACGAUGGCUCUAAAGGCAAGUUUGGUCCACUUGUCUUGUCCCGAUGCUGGGAUUGCAUCGUGCUGAGUGAUUGCACAUACAAUGUCGACUCAUUCCCGGUGCUAGUAGAGACAUUGUCCGCUUUGCAUGCUCAUAACCAGAAAUAUUCUUCAAAGCACGACGAUAUCACUGCUGGAUCACCGACCACCAAAGUAAUCCUCUCCACAAAGCCCCGGCAUGACUCCGAGAAGGCACUUUUUGGCAUGCUACAGGGAGCUGGAUGGAAGCAUCAUCUCUUCAAGUCCAUCCCUCUACCGAGACUGGGAGACGAGACUGAGACGGUCGAAAUUUAUUCCAUCGAAAAGGGCCCCGGAAGUGAAACCACCGGAUCCAAGAAGCGGAGAAGCGAUGAUGCGGCUCAAGAAACGGAAAAGAAGUUUGCGAAGAUAGAUUCCUGA